AUGGAACAUCCGACAUCUCCUAGAAUUUCUCCACAGAAAAACACAAAUUUUGAUGAAAUAUGGACAUAUUUGGAACAAGGCAUACAACAAUUAUAUCGACAGGAACAACCACCAACAAAGGAGCGUUAUAUGCAACUCUAUACACAUGUCUAUAAUUAUAAAACCGCUUGGGAUAAAAACGGGCAAACCAAUAGGCAUUGGGUACAGCGUAAUUGUGAUGAAGGCCAACAGGGUAUUUAUGAGAUUUAUCGCUUGGCCUUGGUAUUAUGGAAGGAACACAUGUUCGAUGUUCUCCAUGAAACGCUAACAAAUACUGCUUUAAAGUCAAUUAAUGAAGAACGUCGUGGUAAGAUCAUUGACCGCUCUAUGAUACAUGAUCUCAUCAACAGCUAUAUAGAAUUGGGUUUUGACGAGGACGAGACGUAUUAUUGGAGCAAAAGGAUGACGAGAAAUGCGAGCCUAUCUGUUUAUCGUGAUUAUUUCGAAAAUAAAUUUCUAGCUGAAACAGCGGAUUUCUAUAAACAUGAGGCGGAUGAAUUAUUGAGCAGCGAAAACUUAUCGGAUUAUAUGAAACAUGUGGAGAAACGUUUGGCGGAGGAACGUGAAAGAACAUAUUUACAUGCCAGUACUUUGGAUAAAUUGUUGGAGACUGGUAAAGAGGUAUUUUUCCAACAAUAUUUGUGGUAA